AUGUUUAUCCGGAGCACAGUGGUCCUUGCGGCAAUCUCGCAGGUGGUGAGGUGCAUCCCCGUGGGCGCGGUCGAUGUGGGCCAAGAGUGCGUGUUUGGCGGGUCCGAUGGCAUCGCCAGGAUCGGCAAGUCCAAGACCUCAUGUUCGUCCUUGGUCAUCUCGGCGAUGAAGAUAUCCGCCGGGCAGAUUCUGGAUUUGACAAACCUCCAAGAUGGUUCCACUGUCAUUUUCCGUGGAACCACAAGCUUUGACCAUGCAGAGGGAGACGGCCACGUCUUUUCCAUUUCGGGUUCAAGGAUAAAUAUCCGCUGUGACCAGGACUGCACGUUCAACGGUCUGGGAGUCCAAAACCAGGCUGGCAUCGGAAAAUCAGUAUCUCUGUUCCACCUCCAGAACCUCGUUGACUCCUCAAUCGUAGGCCUCAACAUCAGGAACGCUCCUGCACAUGGGCUUUUGCUCAACAAUGUGCAGAACCUGUCCAUCAGGAAUGUGAGCAUUGAUGGUGGUGCUGGUAGUGAUCUCGGCAGAGACGCGGCUGGCUUCACCAUUUCAAACAGCAGCAACGUAGCCAUUGAUGGUUCGGCUGUGCGGGGACAGGACAACUGCGUAACGGUGGAUAGUGGAAGCAACAUUGCGUUCACCAACGGUCUCUGCUCCAGCGGCAGCGGCAUCACCAUCGGCCCUGUCGGCAAGUCCGUAACCACAAUCUCCAAUAUCACCGUUUCAGACACCACCAUUGAAAAGGCAGGAGUGGCCGCUAUUCAAAUACAGAGCUACGCAGGCGGCUCCGGCUCCAUAAAGGACGUCACUUUCCGCAACAUAAUCAUCAACGGCGGCGGGGCCCCCGGGUCUGGGAUCGUGGUCAACCAGGCCUUUGACAGCAGAGAUCAGACCGCCACGCCUCCCAACGGCGUCACCAUAUUCAACUUGAAGAUGCAGAACGUCACGGGCACGGUGGAUGGCGGUGCUGCCAACGUCUCGAUCAGGUGUGGGCUAGGUGACUGCCAUGACUGGAGUUGGGAGGGUGUGACUGUGACUGGAGGUGGCAAGGCGGUUGAUUGUGUUAAUUUGCCUAAGGGUGUCUCUUGCUAA